AUGGUGUUCCAUUCAGAGAGGAUUGAUGACAUUGUCAACCACUUCUGGUUCUGUUGUCAAAGUUGCGAGGGAAGUGUUGACAAACUGAAGCAAAAUUGGUGUGGUGUUCUUCAGCAUGUUUGCUGUGAACACCAGUGGGCUGGAGGAGCUUGUAGUCAUUCAACUAAUGAUGCAGGAACUGGAGAAAAGCAUUGCUUAAAGAAAUCUUCAAAAGUGGUAGCAGCGUUAAGGAAGGUUGUCCUUGACAAACAGUGGCUCAACAAUUUGACCUUUUAUGUUCAAUUCAGGCAUACAGGUAACCUGGAGAGUUACAACAGCAUGCUCACUAAGUGUGCUCCAAAAUGCAUGGCAUUUGAAAAUUCCUAUUUCAUAAUGAGGAUUAUGUUAGCUGCAAUUGACCACAAUAUGCACUUCUCAAGAGGUAGUCAGCUGAGUACAAUGGGUGAACAGCGUGGCCACAGAAAAUUUUCUAAGGGGACUCACAGGUUCCAUGCAGAGGUUGUGCGAGGUGGAUCAAGACUGUUAUGAACUUGGCCAGCAUUGAUGUCUCCAAGUUUCAAGCUCAUAGUACCAGGAAGGCUUCUUCCAGCAAAGGUAAGGCUUGUCAUGUUCCUCUCACAUCAAUCAUGAAAGCUGCAAGUUGGAAAAGUGCUGAUGUCUUCAGCAAGUUUUACAACAAUCCUGUUGCAGCUGAGAAUAGGAGUUUUGAGGAAGCUAUUUUACAUGAUGUAAAUGACCAGUGACUAACCUGUUAUGAUUAGAAUCUCUUGAUGUAAGAUUAAGUCAUGAGAGGCUGUUCUCUAUACUUAGUAGCACUUGUCUAUGCUAUAUUGAGUUAUUGUUGAUACUGACAACUUUGAACCACAAGUUUUGGUAGGGGUACACCAUGAGUAUACCAUUAUUUGGUAUUGACAUGUUUAGAAUAAAGGUUGUAGUUAAUCAUUUCCCUUUUUUGUGACUUUCAUGUCCACAUCUCUUUACAAUCUCAUGGAAUCUCUGCGGUAGACGACGGAUAGAAUUUAUGAUUAAACGAGACUUACCUGGAAGUUGAAGUUUGAUCAGGAUUCUAUCCAUCCAUCUGCAGAGCAGAGAUUACAUGCCCUCCCAGCAUGUUUUACCCAUCCUUUAUUGUCU